UAGAACGAUCGACCGAACCCCCCUUGUGGCCCCGCGCGCUAUCGAUUUGAUUUCCAUCUUUCCUCACAUCUCCCAUUCUCUUGUUUUCACAACCUCCCUCUGUUCGUUGUAAUUCCUCACGACACCUCACAUAUCGCCCAUAAUGAACUGGCUCAAGUCAACUCUCGCUUCCGUUGCCGGUACGCAGGAGCCCAUCUAUGGGCCUGAAGCCAUUCAAUCUGUCGCCCGCCAGGCCCAAGAGACUCCUUAUACCGAGCUCAGCAAGAAUGACCUGCGCUGGCGCGCUUACCAGUACACCAAUGUCGAAAACAAGGUCUUUUACAUCAUGGCCGAUGAUGGUACCUUGGCGAUGGUUCAGCUGAUCUACAGCAACAUCGUAGGUCUCCACACCACCGCUCAGUUCACAUCGAAGAUCUUCAACCUCAAAGGCGAUGGACCCCACAACUGGCACUCGGAUCCCCUGUCCAACUUCAUGUUCGAUGAAAGCAUGCUCUCCUUUGGUGCCGACAACCUCGCUGUCCAACUCAACGAGGAUGGCGAUACUUAUACCAUCAAGUCCGCUGUGAACGAGGAUAGUCUGGUGAACCUGACAUUCAAGCGCUCUUCCCCUGGUUUCAUGAUCGGCAAGGACGGCACGUCCUACUUUGGCACGGACCCCGAGAACCCAUGGGGUUCGAUGAGCCAUGCCUUCUGGCCCCGAUGUGCCGUUGAGGGUACUAUCACGACCAAGGAGAAGACGUACGACCUCACGGGCCGGGGAAUGUUCAUCCAUGCCCUUCAGGGCAUGAAGCCUCACCACGCGGCUGCGCGGUGGAACUUUGUCAACUUCCAGACUCCUACCUACUCUGCCAUGAUGAUGGAAUACACUACCCCUCCGUCGUACGGAUCGACAACGGUCAACGUCGGCGGUAUCGUCAAGGAUGGAGAGAUCAUUUAUGCUGGUAUCAACAACAGCGCCACUCACACCGACUCAUCGCAGGAUGCUGAAAGUGACUGGCCCGAGCCCAAGUCCAUCAAGUGGGUCUGGGAUGGCAAGUCUAAGGAGGGACAAGAAGUCCAUGCGGAGCUUGACGGGGCUCUUGGCAACCGACUGGACCGGAUCGACGUGAUGGCGGAAGUGCCCGGCUUCAUCAAGACCAUUGCUGGCAGUGUUGCCGGCACGCGACCAUACAUCUUCCAGUACUGCCCUCAGGAGAAGCUCUCUCUGAAGCUCAAGGUCGGCGACUCCGAAGUCACCGAGGAGGGAACCAUGUUCUCCGAGGCCACGUUCAUCUCAUAGACCGAUCCAGGUGCAUAUGGCAUGGUUAUGGACCCCAUCGAAGGCGUUCUAAGUGUUGUUUGAUAUUUUCCCGUUGACGUUACCUAUACGCUAUGCUACGCAAAUAUCCAUCCCUAAUAGUUCAUAAACCUCCCAGAGGGUAUAUCUAAUGUUACUCAAUCAUGUCUUCCUCAACCUCAUGCUUCACUGCACAGACCCGCUUGUUGCCAUGACAUUCCCUUUGGCCCCGUUUGCUUCAUGCACCAUGCACCGAGCACUAACACGCAUGGCAACUGCACGGUGCAUUCACUCAGUUCAUGAUGCAGUAUAUCAAGCCCUCCAAACUCCAAAUCUCAUCAUCCUGUUACUCUACAACCAACUCAUCUCCAGAUCACGUCUACCAGUCUAA